AUCCUGCUCCGCAUCCCACAGCAUUCCCCGGCCCCCAUGUUUUCGAAUUUUAGAACUCCAAAAACAACUUUGUAGCCGUUGAAGUUGGAAAGCUCUGUCUGUAGCACCACCAACCACCAAGGUCAAGGCGGAGAAAGAAGAAGCAGCAGCAGCGUCGUUUACUCUCUAAUCUCUACGAUCCUCCUUUUAUUUUAUUUUUAUUUUUAUUUCCGUGUCCAAAUUUUGCUUCCUCGUUCGGAUUUUCGGCGCUCAAUUUCGGAAACAAUGAAAGGGGUGAAGGGAAAGUUGAUGAUGAAGUUGAAGUCAAUCGGACCGAUUGGAAUUGGGUACCUGAAACCCCAAGAUCGAGUUCUUCAGGUAAAUGCAUCGGAUGGGUACGCGGAUUCAAAUCUCAACAUUCAGACCCAUAAUUUGAUUUCGGAAGAAACGGAGCAGAAGAAGAAGAUCAAACAGUUAAAGAAGAAUGUGACGGAGCAAGAGCCUGACGUUAUCGACGUCACCGAGCUUAUGAGAGACCUCGAAGAUGAAGAAGAGUCAGGGCAGGAUGGCGAUGAUAUCGACGUCGACGACAAGGAAAACGUUAGGCCUAAAAUGGUGGCAAAACACCCAGUAGAGUGCAGCAAAAGUUGGGCUAAAACGGAAUCAAAUUUGGAGGAAAACAGAGCUUCUGAAGCUUCAGAGAAUCGUAGACAGACCCCUUUGUCGGAGAUUGACAUCUCAUCUUUUCGGAGACCGGACUUAAACUCCGGUAGCCUCUUCGACCCGGACCUACUAGCAGCCUUUCAGCAAGCAGUGAUGGAAUAUAUGAGGUUGAGUGAAGAAGAGAAAAAUGCAAGGAGAAGCGAAAAGGAAGAUAUUGAAUCCAAUUUUGUAGAAGCGCCAGAUCCCGAGCCAGAGCUAGAGCCAGCACCACCUUCAAAUGAAGACGCUCUGUUAGCCUUUGAAGAAAAGUGUCCGCCGGGUAGUUUGGAUUCAUCGGUAGUUCUCUACACUACAACCCUUCGGGGAAUUCGGAAGACUUUUGAUGAUUGCAACAGCGUUCGAUUUCUUUUGGAGAGCUUUCGGGUGGUGUUCUACGAGCGAGAUGUGUCAAUGCACAUGGAAUUCAGACAAGAGCUGUGGAAGAUUUUGGAUUGCAAAGCAGUGCCUCCAAAGCUUUUCAUAAAGGGGAGAUAUAUCGGGGGAGCGGAGGAGGUUUUGACGCUUCAUGAACAAGGAAAGCUCAAGCCGCUCUUUGAAGGAGUCCCGUUGGAUCGGUCCAUUGGCCCCUGUGAAGCUUGCGAUGGAGUUCGAUUUGUGGUUUGCUUCAGAUGCAGCGGGAGCUGCAAGCUCAUCGCCGAUGAGGGGCAGCCGGAUAAGUGCCCCGAGUGUAACGAAAAUGGGUUGAUUAUAUGCCCCUUGUGUUGCUGAACAAAUCCAAAUUGUGAUUCUCUUGUUGUAAUGUAUGUAACUUGAAAUUUCUGA